UUUCAUCGCGAGAUCUGAGACCGUGUAUAUAGCCUCAAACCAAAGCCUCAUUCAGAACACUUCUCUUUUCAUAACUGGCGUGGACGGAUCAAGGCAAAGUCGGACUCACGAUGUCGGCAGGCAAUGCCCAGAUUGGAAAACUGGCUCCAGACUUCACAGCCAAAGCAGUGAUGCCGGAUCUUCAGUUUCAGGACCUCACGCUUUCCGACUAUAGAGGGAAGUACGUGGUGUUCUUCUUCUAUCCUCUGGACUUCACCUUUGUGUGCCCCACGGAGAUCAUCGCGUUCAGUGAAGCAGCUGAAGACUUCAGGAAGAUCGGCUGUGAGGUCAUCGGCGCGUCGGUCGACUCGCACUUCUCCCACUUCGCAUGGGUGAACAUGCCGCGUAAGCAGGGCGGCCUGGGCCCCAUGAACAUCCCCCUGGUGGCGGACUCGCGCCGCACCAUCGCCACGGACUACGGCGUCCUGAAGGAGGAUGACGGCUGUGCUUUCAGAGGGCUGUUCAUCAUCGACGGGAAAGGCGUGCUCCGUCAGAUCACCAUCAACGACCUACCGGUGGGCCGCUCGGUGGAGGAGACCCUGCGCCUCGUCCAAGCCUUCCAGUUCACCGACAAAUACGGGGAAGUGUGCCCCGCCGGGUGGAAACCAGGAAGUGACACCAUCAAGCCCGACGUCGAGAAGAGCAAAGACUUCUUCUCCAAACACUGACGGCCACGACAGCCCGGGCAGCUCCAGACUGUGUAGUCUACUGUAGGAGAUAAUGAGAUUAUACAUGGAAGUCGCCUGUAGUCCAUCAACCACUGUGCCUGUGGGUGGAGGAAGAAGAGGAAGUGGGCUGAAGCUGGAAGACCAGUUUUGAAAAAGGCUCCCUCUCUGUGUGGUAUAGAACAGAUGGUCUAGCAUUCAAAGUGGACCCGUCCGUGUGUAGUUCCGUUUUGUAUAUCUAGGUGUGGCUGACUGUCCCUAGUUUGUUGUACAUGAAAAAGUGCCGGCACAACCUGUAUUGAAAGCAGUUGCUCAAAAGUCAAUAGUGAUUUUAAAUAUAUUAAUAUUUAAACGUUCCUUCAAUAAAGAUUGACCUGUCAUGACGCAAGAAAAAAACGAUGCA